AUGUUCAAUCUACCAACUGUGUCCAACCAGGGUGAGCUCGUGUCUGACGAACUGGUGGUGGGCAUUAUCGAGGAAGCUAUCAAGCGGCCGUCCUGCAGCAAGGGUUUCAUCCUUGACGGCUUCCCUCGCACGGUCGUUCAGGCAGAGAAGCUUGACGCGAUGCUGGAGAAGAAGGGUCAGAAGAUCGAUAAGGUUCUCAACUUCGAUGUUCCUGACGCCGUCUUGGAGGAGAGGAUCACCGGCCGGUGGAUCCACCCUGCCAGCGGACGUUCCUACCACACCAAGUUUGCUCCUCCGAAGGUUCCUGGAAAGGAUGAUGUGAGUGGUUCUUUUGACGAAACGGGAGGGUUGAAUGAGGAAUAUUUGACUACAAGAAUAGAAAAACGGUGUGGGGUGCUUGGGACGUUUCGUUCGCUCUCUCAAUCCCUUUGCUCUCUCUCCAUCCCUCCCUCUCUCCCUCCCCCUCUCUCUCUCUCUCUCUCUCUCUCUCUCUCUCUCUCUCUCUCUCUCUCUCUCUCUCUCUCUCUCUCUCUCUCUCUCUUUCUCUUCUGA